UCCACUCCAAUCCGGUGUAGGCGUGUAGCUGUAGCAGGCCUCACCCGACACCUGACCGGACACCCGAUAUGUUCACCUCCAUCUGCCGGCGGCGGCUCCUCCGCCUCCACCGAAUCCCCUCCGCCGCCGGCACAAACCCCAGCCAGCCCAACCCCAUGAACGCCCUCCUCUCCCGCGGAUACUCCUCAGCUUUCCCCGCGGGCUCCCCCAUCUCCGAGCCCUGCCCCGCCACCGUCUCCUACUUGAUCUCGCGCGGACUCUCCCCCACCGCCGCGGCCGCCCGCAAGCUCCGCAUCCGCUCCACAGAGAGGACCGACGCCGUCCUCGCACUCUUCCGCAGCUAUGGGUUCAGCGACGUGCACAUCACCAAGAUAGUCCGCCAAGCCCCAGUGAUCCUCAACCUCGACCCCGACCGGAUCCUCCGCCCCAAGCUCGAUUUCUUCGCCUCCCUCGGCGUCCAGCCCCCGAGGUUCGCCACCACGCCGAUCCUCCUCACGCGCAGCCUCAACAAGCACCUCGUCCCAUGCAUCCAGUUCCUCCGUGGCAUCGUCGGCACCGACCGCGACGUCUGCCGAGCGAUCUUCCGCAACCCGCGCGCCCUCGGGGCUGAUCUGGAGAAGCAAAUGCGCCCCUGCGUGGACACCCUCCGCCGCCUCGGGCUCCGCGAGGAGUCCAUCUCGAAGCUCCUCAUCUUGGGGAUGAGCGUGCUCCUGAUUUCGCCCGACCGCAUGUGCGAGAUCUUCAAGGACCUCAAGGCGCUCGGCGCGAGAGUAAAUACUACAGGCUUUCUCUACGGCAUCCGCGCGCGCAGCUGCCUCAGUAGGGAGACGUGGCUGCGAAAGGUGGCCCUGUACCAGAGCUUUGGAGUGUCCGAGGGCGAGCUGCUCAAGGCGUUGAAGCAGCAGCCCACGAUGAUGCUCCAUUCCGAGGAGAACAUAACGAAGAAGCUGCGGUUCUACCUGGACGAGCUGAAACUUGAAUUAAGCGAUGUAAUGGGGCACCCUGUGCUUAUGGGGUGUAGCGUGGAGAAGUGCAUCAAACCAAGGUGCGCUGUGCUGGAUGUGUUGAUGAGGGAGGGGAAGAUUGAGCCAAGAAUCAAGUUACUUUCAGCAUUGCUCUGUACUACCAGCAAGUUCUCUCAGAGGUAUGUGUUGAGGUAUGCUCAUGAUGUGCCAGAUGUUGUUAAGGCAUAUAAGGGUGGGAUUAAAUUUGAAGGUUUCAGGGAUCAUGGUGGUUUAGUUCCUGUGAAGCCAUGAGACUACCUUGCUAUGGCCCGAUAGGUAGGCUGCAUAUUUGCAAUGAUAUUGGGCAUCAAAGUAUGCUAUGACUUUCCAAAACCGAUGUGCUGAUGUCACUCAUUUCAGGCCAUCUUUUGCUCUGUUCCAUCUUCAUAGCGUUUGCCAUGUGGUAACCUCUGUCCUAGCAAAUCUAGAAAUAUAAACCUUGUGAUGAUGUUGAAGUAACUAGAUCUGGAAUGUUGAACUGGUUCA